AAUACACGCAGUGACGAUUUAAGCCGUUCUGGUCCCCCUCAAAUUCCAUCUCUUGACUGGAACGAUUUGUACCACCGAACCUCAUUGGUGUCAUGUUUGGUGCAAGGAGUUUACGCAAUGGAAAGAGACAGGAAAAAAAGAAAUGGUUCCGAGUCAUUAGCCACACCUUGGUGGAAGAGUUUCAACUUCACUUUAGUUGAAAGUGAAACCCUAUAUGACGCACGUGACGGCUCCAUAUACGGUGCUGUCUUCCAAAACGUGAUCAAUUAUGAGAAUACCCCCGACUCGAUAGUACCUCCGCGUUACGUGAUUGCAUUACGCGGAACUGCCCCAACUAUGAAUGAUGUGUUACAUAACAUCCGUGUACCAUUCGAGACCCUCCAUCACGGAGAUAGGUCUAAGCAUGGCAUUGAAGAAAUCCGUUCUUUUGUGGCCAAACACGGAAACACAGCUGUCUGGAUCGCUGGACAUUCUCUAGGAGCUGGCCUGGCACUACUCGCCGGAAAGAACAUGGCCAUGUCUGGACUCCCUGUUGAGGCUUACAUCUUCAACCCACCUAUCUCCUUGAUUCCUAUAGAGCAGUACGGUUACAAUCACACACUUAAUUGUGUGUAUCGAUUUACCAGGGAUAUCUUCAAAGCUGGCAUAGCCAAAGUCCUAGACCUUGAUGAGGUAUCUAUAAAGUUUUCUUUUUGCCAAUGCUAUUUUUACAUACUCAAUUCUGAUGUAAUAUGCUCAGAAUAUAUUGGUUAUUUCAAUCACGUAGUCAAUAUGACGGAGGCGGGACUCGGUGAGAUUUCGAGGUUGGCUAGUGGAUACUCAGUUAGGCGUAUGUUAAUCGGAGACGGAGAAAAUUGGUCCUCGUCUUCUUCACCAGAUCAUCUUCAUUUUCUUCCGUCGGCCUUUAUGAUGGUAAACAAGACUGAAUCGUCGGAGUUUUACGAUAACCAUGGGAUUCAUCAAUGGUGGAAUCAUAUGCUUAAACAAUCUGCAACGUUUAAUUCAUACUAGUUUCUUUUUUUUGGUUUAAUGUUAAAAUUCAUACUAGUUUCAUUCAUGGGAUUCAACGCUUUUCUUUCUUGUCAACUGAAUAAUUUGUUAAACUGUAUAUCUUCAAAUGUUUUUUUCAUAAUAAAAAGGGUAAAUUUCAAGUUAUGGCAGUUGACCAAGUUUUAUUUUCAAGUUUUGGCAAAGUGAGAAUGAGCUUUCAUGUUUUGACAUUUUGGCCAAAA